AUGGUGACCUUCUCGACCGAUUACUGGGCUCCAGCCAUGGAGGUCAACGUCCGAAGACGCCCCGAAAAGUCGCCCCUGAAGCAAGGCAGCCAAAACUCCGAUGCCAAGCAGCAACAAUACCUUCAUAACGAAGAGCAUUGGAACACCUUACGACAGGUCCCUACCGUCGAUUCCUCAACCUCCUCGACUGGUCAUCUCUCUGGCCUCGGCAACGAAUCCGCUGCGGCCCUCAAGAAGACUCUCUACCCAAAACCCCCACCUGUCGCUGUGACCAACAAGAAGCAGACCCUGAUGCACAAGAUCUUCCAUCACGAGCCCAAAUCUAGCUCGGCCAGCCCCCCUUCUUCCCCGCUUCAUUCGUCUGCCGGUGGGAGCAACCACGGCUCGCCCCUGGAAGAGGACCCUUACCUGUUGACGACUGCUUCUCCUAGCCCCCUGGAGAAGAAGAACAUCUUCAACUUUUUGGGUCGUGCCUCGUCCUUUGGUAGCGAGAGGAGCGAGCCCAAGAAGUCGCCUGACUGUACGCUUCUGAAGAAGUAUGGAUUGUGCGACAAGGGCAGCAUUGGUCAAGGAGCCACCGCCGUUGUCCGUCUCGCCCACAAGUUGUCCGAGAAUGACGAUGGUACCGAGCGUCUUUUUGCAGUCAAGGAGUUCCGUAAGCGCAGAAGGGACGAGACCGAGAAGGAGUAUGUCAAGAAGCUGACGAGCGAGUUCUGUAUCUCGUCCACCCUCCACCACGAGAACAUUGUCGAGACCGUUGACCUGGUCCAGGACGAGCAGCACCACUGGUGUGAAGUCAUGGAGUACUGCUGUGGUGGCGAUCUUUACAACACAAUUAAGCAGGGACACAUGUCACGGGUCGAGAUCGACUGCUGCUUUAAACAACUGAUCCACGGCGUCGCCUAUCUGCACUCGAUGGGUGUCGCCCACAGAGACAUCAAGCCCGAAAACCUCCUCCUCGAUGGCGACGGUCAUCUCAAGAUCACGGAUUUCGGCGUCUCGGACGUCUUCAGGAUGUGCUGGGAACAGAACUCUCAUCUCUCCAAGGGCCUCUGCGGAUCCGAGCCUUACAUUGCUCCGGAAGAGUUCAUAACCAAGGAAUACGAUGCCCGCAGAGUCGACAUCUGGGCCUGUGGAAUUGUGUACUAUUGUAUGGUCUACCAAGGAAUCCCUUUCCGUGCCGCCACGGCUCAGGAUCCCAACUACCAACACUUCUUGAGCACCAACGCCACCAACAGCUACGAGCCCUUCGAGAAGCUGCCCAUGGGCGCCAGGAGUCUGAUGAAGAAGAUCCUGGACCCUAACCCGGUGACCCGGAUCACGAUCGAGGGCAUCCAGGAGGAUGAGUGGUUCAAGACCAUCGAGACUUGCAUCCAUGGCGAGAACAUGGAUCCUCAUCGCCAUUUCGAGCCCAGCAUGUAA